UGAGUGUUCCAGUAAAAAUGUCAACCUGACAUGGAUAUGUUAGAAAAUCAGAAGGUUGUAAUGAAGGAUAAACAUAUAUUGCUAGCAUCUAAAUACCUGAAACAUGCAAAAAUCGUUAUCUACUUCUUUUCGGCUUCAUGGGCGGAAAACACACGCGACCUAGUUGAUAAGUUGAAAGUGCUUUACGAAGAAAAUCGGAAACGUAACACCAAAAUGGAAAUCAUCUACGUAUCCGCUGAUUCCGAAGAAAUGCAUUUUCAGAAGGACUUUUCCAGGCAAGGACCUUGGGCGGCUAUUCCAUUCAAGAAUAAUACAGCCGAUAUCCUGAGAUGGCGGUACGAUAUUACGUGCUUACCACAGAUAGUCGUUGUAAAAAAAGAAGAUGGAUCGAUCAUAUCAAGGAGAGGUAAAGAUGAACUUGAGAAGCUGGGUAUCAACGUUAUUGUAACAUGGACUGAAUAUAUUCAAACAUAAAAAUAGCAAUGAAAGAAUGAUUCGA